UCACAGUCCACAGCGACUCGUCCUGCUCCUGCAAACCCAAGCGGCCAAGCACAUGCUUGCUUCCCAGUCUCUCCGAGAAAACCGAGACAUCCAUCCGUCGUCGGGGCCCACACGUCCCCGGCGCAAGCGGCAAGCGCACCGGCCCCGUUCGCCGGCCGACGCGGCGACGGCCCCCUUCUCACCUUCUGAAAAGGGAAAAUUCGAACCGACGAGCGGAGCCGGUCCAGGAUAAACGCGCUCUCCCGCUCCCCAUUGCUCUCCCACGCCGACGCCCGCCCGCCCUCGGAGAUUCGGCCGCCCGACCCCGCAGCGGGAAUCGCCGAUUACACCCAAACGACGGUUCUGCCAUGAGUCCUGUGGCUUCCUGUCCUACGCAUACCAUUCAUCUAUUGAUCGCAGUUUUGUUGGCACUGGCAGCUAUCUACGUGCAUGUGCCAGCCACUGCUAUCAUCGUGGUCCCAAAUUCUAAUUGUUAUACCUUUGAUAAUGAAAGCCGCCUUAUUGAUUUUACACAUCUGGUCGGAAAGGAAUAUGAAUAUAACGAACAGGGUUUGCAACGCUCUGAUUUGGUUGUUGAGUUCUGCAAAGAUGUGCAGAAAAGAUCUCAAGAGGGUUACAUUGAAUUUGGACGUUUUGUUAGUUCUCGCUCUUUUCUAUUUGGUUCAGGGCCUACUGACUAUAUUCAGAGAUUCCACAAUGGAGAUUUAGUGCACUGUGAAACUACCUUCAAAAUGAUGGGUCGUACAGCACAGGUAAACAUCAAAUGUGGACAUUGCUCAAAUAAAGCUUGCAGAGAUGAACAAGGAUGCAUCUGUAGCAUAUCUUACGAUGAAAGGAUGUGCAGGGUGCUUGUUGAACUUGCUAUUCCUUGUUCUAAAAGUGGUCCAAGAGUAUUCAAGGGUUUCACUGUGGGAUUCCAUCCCCGGUCAUCAGAAAUUGUUUAUAAUGGAUUGACUCAGCUGGGAUUUGAGCAACUCCAUCAUGGUUUUAGCUUUCAAACCGAGCAGAUUCAUGUCUCCCUGUAUCUUAGUGCUAUGUCUUCCCUCGCAGGUCUUGUUGGAAAACCUACCCUCAAGGUUAAUCCAGCGAAAGGGCUUAGUGUUACACUUACAGGAUCAGGGCUCAAUGGUGCCAUGCCUACUACCCUGUCUCCUACAGUUCUGAAUGUGGAUUGGAGAUGUGAAAUUGCUCGAAGCAGUCCUUAUGAGGUCAAUAUUUUGAUCCCAGUGGAGGGCUAUGAUCCGAUUGAGUUUACACUUACCAAAGAAUGUGGUUACGCACAAGAAAAAGAGAGUGAUCUCAUGAAAGGCUGGGCAACAUUUGGAAUUAUUUCAUGCAUAUUCGUUAUCUUGUCAACUCUACUUUGUUGUGGAGGGUUCAUCUACAAAACCCGCGUGGAGCACCUGUAUGGUUUAGAUGCACUGCCUGGGAUGGCGUUCUUAUCUGCCUUUCUGGAUGCUGUUGGUAGACCAAGAGGCUACUUGCAAGCAGACAAUCCUAGUGAAAAUCAUGCAAGCCAGGCAUCUUGGGAACACACAGGUGGUACCAUACAAGCAGCACAGAGGGCAAAUGAUAGGGCCUAUGGAUCGAUAUGAACUAAAGCAUAUAUAGUUCUGAGGACUGUAAGAUUGCAUUCUGUACUCAAUUAAGCUAGGCUUUAUUUAAUCUCAUACAUAAUAUAUGUAUACAAUCCCCCAUCCUGUUUUCAAUAUUUUUUCCUCUGCAAUUUACUAGCAAGCGAGCUUAUGGAGUGUUGCUAAUCAUCAUUACAUUUUCAUAAUUAGGCCUGCUCAUUCAACUACCA